CUUACUCGUCAACACUAGUCAAUCACAAUAAUAUUAUCUGCUGAACCACGAAUUUUAUGCGAAAUUGAUAUUUGUUGAACAUACAUUGAUCCAAAUAUGGCAGCAAUACCGCUAAUGUACGCGCAAGAAGAUUGUGAACUUGGUGGAAAAGAAUCAAUGGAGGACGAUUUUGCGUAUCGCAACAAUGUAAUGAAUGCAGAUAAGGAAAUUAGAUUGGGAUUUAUCCGUAAGGUUUAUGGCCUUCUCGCAGUCCAACUACUUGCUACAUUGGCUAUUUCAACCGUGUUCUUGCAAGUGUCUCCAGUGAAGAGUUUUAUUCAUGAAAAUGAUUGGAUGGUAUUUAUCGCAUUCAUACUAAGCAUUGGCACGCUUUUGGCUCUGAUAGUGAAGAGACGUGACAGCCCUGCUAAUUUGUACCUCCUUGCUGCAUUUACUGUGGUGCAGUCCUAUACAGUGGGUGUUAUUGUAUCAUUCUAUGAUACCUUUGUAGUGCUGCAAGCAUUGGCUCUCACUUUCACCGUGGUUUUCUCUCUGACGCUCUACACCCUCAACACAAAACGUGAUUUCUCAUUUAUGGCUUAUGGCCUCGUAGGUGGAGUCAGCGUUCUCAUUAUUGGUGGCUUACUUCAAAUCUUUAUCCAAAGUUCGGGGUUGGAGCUACUCUUGGCAUUCGGUGGUGCUAUCCUCUUUAGUAUGUUUUUGAUCUUCGACACGCAGCAGAUGAUGACCAACCUGUCGCCUGAGGAAUAUAUUCUGGCGACCAUUAAUUUAUACAUGGAUAUUAUCAAUUUAUUCCUACACAUUCUCCGCAUUCUUAAUGAAUUGAACCGCAACUAAGCGUCUAUAAUGAUAGUUUUUCAGCUCUAUUACAGAAUUUACCUUUUAUCUCGAUGUAUUAACUAUUAGUAUCCAACAAUAAGAUUUCUGUAAAUGGCACUUAGUAAUCUUUAAACCAGGGAUAACGUAACUUAUAAAUUAAUAUAAAUUCCUCUACGGAUAAUUUACUAUCACGCCACUGCUCGGUAACUUAGCAAUAAAAUUCAAUAGAUGGUUUAAACCAAAGAGAAUUUAGUAUAUAGGCGCAUUUUCAAAGUAAAUUUUGUAGUCACAGUAAAUUUACUGUGAUCUUUCAACACAGGACUAAAACUUUUGAAACGCCAUUUGACUUUGAUCCUUGUUCUUUCAUUUAUGUGUUAAAUAUCAAACGGUGGCGACAUCUACACGAGUAUAGGCCAAAGGUAUGGCGCCAUGUUUUCGAGCGAUGGCAAUACGCCAUUAAUACUAAAUUCUCUUUAGUCUAACUUAACUAAAAUAAAGCAUGAAAGUGGCGACUUAUUUUGUUCCUAGUAUAAGUAAUCCCAUAAAUAAAACGUAAUUCCAGAAACCUUCAAUAGGUAAAUAUCGCCGCGCCUGUCUGCCGUAACGUGUCUUUCUCCUUUCAUUUGAAUCCAAAAGAAGCCUCUAUAAUAUCUGCAACUGUUUGGCAGAGUGAUAAAUGUUCAUACCCCGGGCUUAGGUUAUAUAUGAAAAUCGAUCCUUAAGGAGUAAACUCCAAAAACUGAAUAUAAAACGUACCUAAUUUAAAAUGGCUGUGAAUGUUCAGUACGUUACAUUCCUUUGUUUAGUAAGAUAUUUUUUUUUAAGAUUGAUACGAGGUAUUAACCCAUUCAUGGCCAAGAACCGCUGAGCGUACUCAAUACGCCGGGCCAUCAUACAAACCGUUUUUAGCUAAAACGCAUGACUCAGCUUAUGGGUCUCGAGCCUGGCGCGAACGGUAAAUAAAUCGCUGCUUAUGAAGCCGACCAGUUGAACAACAUUAUGCAACAUUUUUACUAACCACCUUUUUUCUGUGCCUAUCAAAAUAAACUAAUUAUUGCAGUUUGUAGGAAUGAAUAUUCUUACUUUCUACAAGCUUUUAAUGUCAGGCCAAGCUAAGUUGGCAGCGAUUUUGAUAGCCCAGCUUGUGCAAGUGCUAAGUUAAACGUCAUAAUUUCAUAGAGGUUUGACGUUUAAAACUUGCCGUGUUUGUUGUUGUUGUUUUUUGGGUUAAGCCAGAGUCACAAAAUACGAAAUCACUAAACAGCACAGAAGGAGUAUAAAGUCGCCAACGAAUAAAUCGUGACUAAAUAAUAUUUUCCAUGUUACUCCAAAAUAAAUAUCUAAUAGGGGGAUGGGGUGAAUCACUUCUUGAACUCUGGUGAAAUACCACAUGAAAGAUAAUACCGCCGCUCGGCUCGGAUGCAUUCAUUGUUUAGUUGUUUACUGUCCAAGUGUGUCCGAUAAGCUUACACCUGACCUGCUAGCAUGAGUUGCGUUCUCGCGCGCGACUCCAUAC